AUGGAUCCAGCAGUGACAGUUCAACUAAACGAUCAAGAUGUCUAUCAGGCGACAAAAGACAUAUUCGUGGGCCAAAAAGCCAAAUUCCGAAAGGUUGGACCUGUACGGAAGUCCAUCGAGAGCUACUCGAGACGCGAUGAUACAGCCCGACAAUUUGUAGCCCUAUACGGCGCUGAAGCCAUUUGCCAGAUCGUUCUCAGGCUGCUCUCUGGCGGGGUAUAUGAAUCGCCGUUGACCGCAAGUCGUCGAUUCCCGGAUCUAUUCAAUCCAUCCGUCGUCCAGAGCGCGGCGAGGGACAUACUCGAAGCAGAAGCCAUCAGAAGCGAACAGACCGCGCUUGAAGGCAUUGUCCAAAGUCAAUUGACUGACAGUCAAGAAACAUUCAACUGGACUGAAAUUAUGGUUACCUUACGUGACUCGGGGAAUAAUGUUCCCAACGGCCAGACCAGCAACUCAUCGUCGCUAUUUCCGGUAUAUCUGCCGUUUCCCACGGAGCAUCUGCUCAUGGAACGACUUCAAAAGACUCUUGAACUUGCAUGUUACGAGUUUGGAGCUCGGGCUAUGCCAGAUACACUACGAAAUCGUGGCUGGGACUGUCCUGAGUCGGUAGAGCUCAGUAAAUGGACUGAAGUUCUGAAGCGAGAGGGAGUAUUGAAACGAGAGAAUACUCGUAAGACGUUGCAGGAACUAUUAUACUCUAUUGCAAACAUAAGACACACAGCUGUUCACCGCUUACGUACAAGCUCGGUAGGGUUAGAGAUGUUUAUUGCUGAUGCAGAAGACCUCGUUGAAGUUUUGGGAGAUACAGCGUACUCGAAGUCGAUCUCUCAACUAAGGACGAAUAUGAAUUCGGCGAUUACUGAGCUUACGCAAAACAAGCAAUUUCUACAGCUGCAACUAGAGCAGACUCGAGCUGCGUUUCUGAUAAUAAUGCUUGAGUAG